UCUAGUCUAAAAUCCGAGAUUUGGACUGGGCUCGAAUACCAGGUCACUAAGUCUUCGCCCUGAAAAUCAUAGCCGUCCACCCCACCAUAACUCUUUCCUCUUAGAAUUACACAUGGCGCCUAAGGAGAAGGGAAAGUCAAAAUCUGGUGCCUCUGCCAAGUCCAGUGAGACAUCUAAGGCCCAGAAGGCCAAGAAGUCUGUACUGAAAGGUGUUCAAAGAACACAGAAAAGGAAGGUCCGCACAAAUGUCCACUUCUACCGUCCCAAAACCCUUCGCUUGCAAAGAACUCCCAAAUACCCAAGGCACUCUGCUCCAAGGACUAACAAACUUGAUCACUUUGCCAUCAUCAAGCAUCCUUUGACCACAGAGUCGGCCAUGAAGAAGAUUGAAGACAACAACACACUUGUGUUCAUUGUCGAUGUGAGAGCUAACAAGCCCCAGAUCAAGGCAUCAGUGAAAAAGCUGUACGACAUUGAGGCUUCCAAAGUCAACACUUUGAUCAGACCUGAUGGGCAGAAGAAAGCAUAUGUUAGACUGGCUCCAGAUUAUGAUGCUUUGGAUGUGGCCAACAAGAUUGGGAUCAUCUAAGCUUGUUAAGAAGACAAACAAUAAAAUUUGAUUGUUAUUUAAA